AGCACGCGAUUCGACCUCGGCCAGCGGUCGGAUCGUCACGCGGGGCCGCGGUUCCCCUUACGAGAGCAGGUCGCCAUUCUUGCGCCUUGUGUCACUCCCCCUGUCCCGGCCAGACAUGCUCGAGCCCUGUCCCAUGACGUCCCGCGGCGCUGCCUCGAUCCUCUGCUCUUUCCCCACUGAAAUCAGCUGCUGCUGCUGCUGCUGCCAUGCCUCCUGCUGCUGCUGCUGCUGAUGGUCAUGGUGUCGAUGCCGCUGCUCCUGCUGCUGCUGCUCCCGCUCGAGCUUUCGAGCAGCAGCAGAACGUCGGCGAGAAUGAUGAGAUCUCGCCCGUCGAGCAGGUGGCUCUCACGGUGCCCACGAUCGACGAUCCGACCUUGCCCGUGUGGACUUUCCGCAUGUGGUUGCUCGGAGUGUUCUCGUGCGUUCUCCUCUCGUUUCUGAAUACGUUUUUCGCGUAUCGGACCGAGCCAUUCAUAAUUUCAGCUCUCACUGCUCAGAUUGUGUCCUUGCCCUUGGGCAACUUUCUCGCUGCCACGUUGCCUUCGAAGCGCAUCCGAGUUCCCUUCACCAAGAGCAGCUUCUCCCUCAAUCCCGGGCCCUUCAAUGUCAAGGAGCAUGUGCUCAUUACGAUUUUCGCCAAUACCGGUUAUGCCUUUGGAGGUGGAACGUCCUACGCUGUGGGAAUCGUCACGAUUAUUAAGGCCUUUUACAGGAGAAAAAUCGGAUUUUUUGCCGGCCUUCUCAUCGUCAUCACCACUCAGGUCACGGGGUAUGGCUGGGCCGGCCUCAUGUACAAGUACCUGGUGCUGCCAGCACAAAUGUGGUGGCCAGCUAGCUUAGUGCAGGUUUCAUUAUUCAGGACGCUGCACGAGAAGGAGAAAGAACGAGGGCUGAAGCGGAACCAGUUCUUCCUCAUCGCCAUGAUGGUGGGAUUCGCGUACUACCUGCUUCCGGGCUACAUGUUCAUGAUGCUGACCUCGAUGUCGUGGCUGUGCUGGGCGAUGCCGAAUUCCGUGCUGGGCCAGCAGCUGGGAUCGGGACUCCACGGGCUCGGAUUGGGGUCCUUCAGCUUCGACUGGAGUGGAAUUGCCGCAUACCUCCUGAGUCCGCUCGUGACCCCGUGGCAUGCUAUCGCCAAUGUCAUGGCUGGCUUCGUGCUCGUGGUGUACAUCGUCACGCCGCUCACUUACUGGACUAACAUUUACAACGCCAAGACCUUUCCCAUUUUCUCCAGCAACCUUUUCACGAGCGACGGGCAAGAGUACGAUGUCGAGUCGAUUGUGAACGAGAAAUUCUUCCUCGAUGAAGCUGCUUACGCCCGAGCUGGUCCCAUUCACAUGAGCACCUUCUUCGCUUUCACCUAUGGCCUCGGAUUCGCCACUGUCACCGCCACUCUCACUCACGUCGCCCUCUAUCAUGGCAAAGAGAUUUGGCGACAGAGCACGCGCGCGUGGUCUGGAGAAAGGCCUGACGUGCACACGAGAUUGAUGGAACGCUAUGCCCGUCUGCCGAAUUGGUGGUUUCUAGUGCUCAUGGCGGUCUCGCUGGCGCUGUCGAUUUUCACCGUGGAGUAUUUCAGCUACCAGCUCCAGCUGCCAUGGUGGGGGGUGAUCUUCGCCUGUGCAGUGGCCGCCGCUUUCACUCUUCCGAUCGGCAUCAUCACCGCCACCACCAACAUUACUCCAGGAUUGAACAUCGUGACGGAGUACAUGAUGGGCUACAUCCUGCCCGGCAAGCCCAUCGCCAAUGUCUGCUUCAAGACUUAUGGCUACAUCAGCAUGCUCCAGGCCAUCUACUUCGCCCAAGAUUUCAAGCUCGGCCACUACAUGAAAGUCCCUCCCAGGUCCAUGUUCGCCGUCCAGGUGGUGGGAACGAUUGUGGCGGGGACGACGAACAUGGUUGUGGCGUGGUGGUUAUUGACAUCCAUCGAGAAUAUUUGCGAUGUGAGAAACCUGCCAGCCAACAGCCCAUGGACCUGUCCCGCUGAUCGAGUGUUCUACGACGCAUCGGUGAUCUGGGGUCUAGUGGGGCCGAAGAGGAUAUUUGGGACACUGGGCCAGUACAACGCCAUGAACUGGUUCUGGCUGUUCGGGUUCGUGGCGCCGGUGCCGUUCUUCGUUCUGCACAAGAUCUUCCCGGAGCAGAGCUGGAUUCGUCUCAUAAACAUGCCGAUUCUACUCGGAGCCUCAGCGUACAUGCCUCCGGCCUCGUCAGUCAAUUACAUCUCAUGGGGGACGGUGGGAUUCAUCUUCAACUUCUACGUCUUCAGAAAUCACAAGCGCUGGUGGCGGCGGUACAACUACGUGCUGUCCGCAGCCUUGGACGCAGGCCUGGCGUUCAUGGGAGUGGCCCUGUACCUCUUCCUGCAGGUCGAGGACAAGUCUAUGACCUGGUGGGGCAACAAUCUCGACAACUGUCCGCUGGCGACCUGCCCCACGCAGCCAGGCGUCAUCGUUGACGGCUGUCCGGCCUUCUGAUCCCAUCGCCAGUCCAUCAGUAGGAGUGCGCACUGGCGAGUCCACACUAAUCGAGCUUAGGAUCUGAUUCAGAGCACAACAGCAGCAGCAGCAGCAGUGGCCACCGAUGUGCGUGCCACUGCCUCCGGAUCAUAUAUUCACCGUCCACUUGAUUCUUCGGGUUUUGACUCUCACCUCCACCACUCUUGUUGCGUUCCUUCGUUUUUUAAGCUAUACGUAACAUUGGGGAUAUCAAUUUAUCAGGAUGUCGGAUCUGUACAGUAUGUACCAUCUCACCUAAUCAUAUAUCUCACCUCAGAUUUCAUCCCUUAUAUUAUUGUGAACAGUUCUGUUGAUACCUUUUGUAUAUUCCAAACUAUUUCCCAUACACCAAUUAGAACCUUUUAAGUGUUUAGAGGAGUAUGUAUUCAUAAUAAUAAAUUUUUUAUUUAAUACAAAAUCUAAAAUAACGGUA